AUGGACAUUACUUCUCCUGCCCUCACUGCUUCUUCUGUCACCCGCACAGAGGUGCCCACUUCUGGGACAUCCAGCACCUCUCCUCCCGUGGCCACCAGUGUGGGAACAUCAGCCACAGAUAGCCCUGUGCCUUCCACCUCUGUUUCAGCCGUCACCCCGGGCGCCACAGGCACCACCCCGUCAUUGAGCUUCAACCCAACUACUGAUGCCAGGUCCAAGGCUGCAUCUGAGGUCACCUCCCUCACUUACCCCACUACUGCUGCCACACACUCCACACCCGAUCUCACCUCUGCUGCCACGAUUGCACACACAGCAACCACUUUCACCUCUGCCAUAGCCACCUGGCCCUCACUGACCACCUCAGAAACAUCCAUGACUGGUACCACGCUGGUGGUGUCAGUGGCUGCCCCAUCAACCCCUCCUGACCCUCCCAGCCUCCCAGAUGCAAGCAGCCACUCCACCGACAGCACAUCCACAGCUGCCGCCUCCUCACUCCCCACUAGCUUGGGGGUCACGGAGACCUCCACAUCCACAGACCCAUCUUCACGCAGCACACCCCCCCCUCCCCUCACAACCACAAGCCUGCCUGCCUCCUCUCUGGGCAGCGCCGAUGCCCUGACAAGCACAGCACACAGCCCCGCCACCCACACAGCUCCCAGUCCUGCGGCUGCCCUGACCCUGCAGAGCACGGAAGCAGCACAGCUGGCUAGCACGCCUCCUAGCAUCACAGCAACUGUGCUCCCAAGUGCUGGAGAUGCCAGUACCCGUGCUACCAGCACUCCAGGCACAUCUGCACUGGCCUCUGCCACGUCUGCCACUGCCACUACCCUCAGUGCCACAGGCACCAUCCCUUUAUCCACCUUGCUGCCCACAUUCCCAACUACUGACGCCAGGUCCACAGCUACAUCUGACGUCCCCUCCUCCAGCUCUCCCACUGGUGCUGUCACACACUCCACAUCUCAUGGUACCUCUGUCACCACCAGAACAGACACACCAGUCACUGUCACCGUGGCUACAACUAUCAGCCCCUCUUUGCCCAGCUCAGAGACAGCCAAGGCUGAUACCACAGGGGUACCCUCCUCCUCUUCUCUGACCCCAUCACCACCCCUCAGCAUGCUCACGUCCACAGCAGAUGUCCCUAGUACAAAUACCAGGCUGUCCACACCUAAGACCUCUGUCUCCAUUCCCAUUUUUCUGACUUCACUCACCUCUUCAAGUGAGUCUAGCACAGAAUCUUCCUCUCCGAGGAGCCCAUCUACAGGUACAGUGAGCACCUCUCUUGGUCCUCUGGUCCCUUCAACAGCCUUGGUAACACUGUCCUCUCCUCCUUCCUCAGCCAGCAGUGGUCCGAUGAGUACUACUGUCACCAGCUCUGCCCCUACCUUCCCUCACUUCUCCAGCACAGAAUAUAUGAGCUCUUCUUCCGUCACAGCUUUUCCUCCUCUGUCUUCAUCUGCAACUACCAGAAUGUCUCCAGCCGUGUCCUCACAUGCCACAACUCUCGCUGAAACAACUCCCUUUUCUUACAUUUCCCAUCUUUCCACCACAAUAGUCCCUCCCUCUCCCACGACUCCACGUGUUGAAGUGAAUCCCAGUACGAAGGUUACAGCGACUCCUAUGACCCCGUUCUCCGUCUUUCCCUCCAUUACUGAAAUGGUUUCCAGUCCUAGUCCUGCCAGCGGAAGAACCAACCGUCCUACAUAUACGGACAGUGAUACCUCCUGGACUCCCGAAACCGAGCCUGCCCACCUCCCGAGUGACACUCCUAGCUCUACCAGCGCUGGCACAGCGUACAUGAACACGGUGUCCACUGGUACCCAAACACCCAGCAAGAACUGGCUGAGCACCAAUUCUGUCACCACCCCGCGGAUGGCUGGCUCCACUGUGAAACCAAGCAGCAACCUUCCAAUUGUCACAACUUCAAGCAAGUGGACACAUCCCACCCCUUCCAUCACCAGGACUUCAGAGAGACCAGUGGCCACCACGAAGACUCCUACCACCCUUACAUCACCGAGAACAGCUUCAAGCACUACUCAGAGGACCACAGUAGCAAGACUGACCACCACUCCAGGCAUCUGUGAAAAUGGUGGCACCUGGGAACAGGAUCACUGCAGUUGUCCACCAGGUUCCUUUGGGGACCACUGUGAGAACUCUAAGUGCCAGAAUGGGGGGACAUUGGAUGGCCUCAAGUGCCUCUGCCCCAGCACCUUCUAUGGCUCCCUCUGUGAAAUUCCAGUGGAACAGGUGGAACUAGAUUCCGUGGAGGCUAAAGUGGGCAUGGAGGUUUCUGUCAGCCGGGAGUUCUCUGAAGAUCUCAAAGACAACAAUUCCAAAGCCUACAGAGAUUUCAGCAACGAUUUCCAGAAUCAGAUGAUGAAGAUUUAUGAAAAUGUGGAGGGGUUCCAAAGUGUGGAGGUCCUGUCUCUGAGGAACGGCAGCAUUGUGGUGGACUAUCUAGUUCUGCUAAAGUUGCCUGUCAGCUCCCAGCUGGAGAGUGAAUAUGAGAAGGUGAAGACGGCCCUCAAGGAGGAGCUCCAGAAUGCCAGCCAGAGCGGGAGCAGCUGCCAGGAUAACCAGACUCUGUGUUUCAAGCCUAACUCCAUCAAGGUGGACAACACCACCAGGACAGAAUUAAAUCUGAAAGCCAUCUGCAGCAGAGCAGUCGCCAAGGGCUACGAAGAGUUUUACUUCCCCUUGGUGGAAGGGAACCGGCUUCACUGUGUCUCCAAUUGCACUUCGGGUGUGGUUGGUGCCAUCGACUGUAACCAGGGCCAGUGCUUUCUGGAGAAGAGUGGGCCUGCUUGCCGCUGCUUCUCCUCUGACACGCAUUGGUACUCCGGCUCGCGCUGCGAGGUGGCCGUCCACUGGAGGGCGCUGGUCGGGGGGCUGGCGGGCGCCGGCGCGCUGCUCCUACUCCUGCUGCUGGGGGCGCUGAGCUUCUGGGUGAAGCGGCCACGGAGGAAGGACAGCCGGUCCAAGGCAGAGGACAGGCAAUGGUUCGAGGUCUGGGAUGAUGACACCGUGGGGACUUUCGUCAACACGGGCUUCAAGGAUGACAGGAUAGCCAAGGAUGCCAGCUUCCAAGUGGCUCUGCAUAGGUUGGACCCCAACGUUAAGGUGCACAUCCAGAGACCUGAGGUGGCCAUGUCCUCGAUGUGAGCCCUACACCUCCAUCCACCCAGUACAGCAGGAGGGAGCUAUCUAUACCAGGUCCAGCAGGAGAUAUGCCCACGACUUCUGCAGCCCAAGCUCCCAGAGUCCUUGGGCAAAACCAGAUCGUCCCCUUGACUCCCAUCCUUCUCCCGACUUGGCUGAAACCCACCUGGAGACCCGGUUCACAUCCAGGCUCUUCCACGGUGGGACCUUGAGCGAGUCAGUAUUCUCCCUUCUCCGUUUGCUCACCUUGAAAACGGGUAUGAUGCACUUGUCCUGAUACCUCGUACAGUUACUGUGAAAACCGAUGGGAUGCUCAGUCCUGUGUCCCCGUCCACCCUCCCGUCUCAGUUCCCAUGUUUACAUCGCCUAAUUCAGGCUCUCACAUCCUCACCUCAGGUCUUGGUCCCUAUUUUCCUGUUUGCACCCUGUUACCAUUGCAAUGUCUCUUGUCCCUUGCCCUGAGCCUGUGGCCUGUUUGGAGACCAACCAUUAUAUAACUCUUUGCCAGAACCCUGACUCUCCUUUAAAUCUUUUCCUCUUCUUUGCCAAUUCCUCAAAUCAGUCCCCUCCCCAGCCCUAGGCUCCCCCUUCCCACCCUCAUACCCUCAGCCCCAAAUCCUAUCACCUCCCCCACAUCCCUCCCCUAGAUAGGUACAAAUACCCCAGAUGUCUUAGGCUCCCCCGGCCUGCACUCCCAGCCCUGAGUCCCACCUGGAGGCUCUACCUGUCCUCCCACCCUCAAGGGCCUAAAGCCAUGUCGGGGGAGCAUGAAUUUCCUGAGGUCCCCAAGGGCGGAGGGAAAUGAGUCUCUUCCUCCUCAUCGCCCUCACCCUCCUUCCCCUCCUGCUCACCGUAGAAGAGGCUGCUUUGUGUCUCUCUUUUCUCCUGGUGUCUUCCAUCUGGCUGUAGAACAGGGACUUCAGAAUGAGAUGUCAGCGAGCCCCAGAUGCACCCUUUUCUCCCAGGGAGG